CAAAAAUGCCCACUUCACAGCCUGGUUCACGUGUAGAUUGUCAGCCACGUUGUUCGCAACACUAAUGUCUGCCCAACAGCCUGCAAGUAGCCUAACCGAGGCAGCAGCUUUACUUCACACUGUACUGGCUUCAGCGGAGACCAUCAGAACCUUGUCAAAUGCGACAACAGUCGGGCAGCAGCCGACCAUUGCAACUCCAAGCCGCGACACGCUGGACAGUCACAUAGCGUCGCUUUUCCCCUCCGGACAGCACAGCAGCAUGACACUGCCAACUGCAGCUCCAGUCCGGAGAGAGUCGGCGCCGCAUUAUCAAGCGCAGCGCUUCAGCUCUUGGACAUCAGGCACGAGGAAGAAAAGAGUCAGGACACAGCAGCAUGGCCAUUUCAACAAGGAUGUAAUACUACUCCCUAAUCAAUCAUGGGGAGUAGUGUGCAAACAAGGUCCAAAAUCAUGGUUACACAAACAUGGACACAUCCUCAGUGCCGUUGAAUUCCAGAAGGACUGGGACCACCAGACUGUUUUAGAACGCAUCAGGGAUGGCUUUGGUGAGCACAUUCCAGACGAUGUCAGCCUCCAGUUUCUCAUGGCUUGUGGCAAUAAGCUGGUGUCCCCUAAGCUCCAGGGUGGUCAGGAGCUGAAUGGGAUGCUAAUUCACAAGGUCUUUAAAACCAAAGCCCUGUAUGUGAGACCAUCAAGGACCCUUUUAAUUGACUCCGAAGAAGAAAAAGACUGUUCUCCCAUUACUACCAGAUCAACGUUAGGCAUGCGUGCAACUAAGGGCAGCGAUGAUGAUUGUUUUGAAGUUGAUGGUCCUCAGAUUCGCACAGACAUGAGCAGUAAUGGCACCACCAGGGCUGCUACCAGGUUUAGAGUAAUGAGGAGUAAUGAGUAUCCUGGUACUAGAAGUCAUGAUGGAGAUGGCAAACCUGGCACUAGUACUGGUCAUGAAGACAGCUAUGGCUCCAAUCACACCGUCAGCAGUCAUGGUCAUGAUGGAGGCUGCCUUGGAAAAGGUGAUGGGAACCCUGGCACCAGUGGUAAUGAUGGAGGCUGCCUUGCAAGAGAUGAUGGGAACCCUGGCACCAGUGGUGAUGAUGGAGGCUGCCUUGCAAGAGAUGAUGGGAAACCUGGUACAACUGAUCAUGAUGGUGACUACGCUUCAUAUUUGACACUUGUGGCUACUCUUCCGCCUGACUCUUGAUGAGGAAUUAAACCAAGCCAUAGUUGCCAGUAUGGAGAGUCAAAUUGCAGAAAAGGUCCCGGUCCAAGAGAUACUGCUGGAACUGUCAAGCAAAAUUAGCACAAAACGGCAGUGCAAAUUUAAUAUAAAUCGCUCUGCUGUAUGGGAGGGAGCCAUGCGGGGCUUCCGAAGGGUAUCCUACGACCCCAACUUGAUGAUCUGUGUUAAAUUCUCCGAUGACAUGGGGAGAAAUGAAGAAGGAGUUGAUUUAGGAGGACCAAGAAGGGAAUUCUUAAGGCUGCUGAUGGAGACUUAUUGCCAGGUCACCCAUGUUUGAGGGAAAAGAAAACAGCAAGAACUUGGUUCUUGACAGUACUGGUAAUGCCUGGCUUUUCUAAAAAUUCAUAAUCUCUAAGAGAGGACUGGUACUACAUUGCUGGCAGAGCCAUUGCAGUGAGCUUGGUGCAUGGCAGUCCACCACCAAACUUCCUCUCGCCAACAGUAUUUUGUCUUCUGGUCAAUGGUUCAGCAAAUCCAAAACUAGAAGACAUAGCUGACACAGAACUCUUGGAAAAAGUCAAAAAGGUGUCUGAAAGUACAACCCUUGAGGACCUUGAGAAGUCAAAUGCACCUUUGCUUGACUACUUGGCCAAUGCAGGAUGUCUGAGGCCUAUGCGGUCGAUAAGAGACAGGGAUCUGCUGGUACAAGACAUUGUCAUGUUUCAGGUCAUCCACAGGGUUCAAGGUCCAUUUCAGAGGUAUUCAGUGUUAGCUGUUGUACAGUCAGAUCAAUCUCAAAAGGAGUAAUAAUUGUAACCAUUGACCAACAAGGUGUAAGACUAGCUUCACAAAAUCUAUUAUGUUUGUAUAAAACCAAGGGAC